ACGAUUUUUUUGACCCUUUCACUCCCACGAUUCCUUCUCCUGUCUCCUCGUUCCCAUCGAAGACGAAGACGAAGACGACGAAGAAGAAGAGAGAGAGAUAGAGAUAGAGAUUGAUAGAGAGAGGGAGAGGGAGAGAUGCAUCUAUGGCCAUCGCUGAGGAUCCGCAACUCCUUCAAGCGCUCCUACGUCGACCCGCUCGAUCGCAACCUCCGCCUCCGCCUCCGCCGCGCCGAGCAAUCGGAGCAGCGGCGGCGGCCUCUCCUCUCCGCCGCCGCCUCCUCCUCCUCCUCCUCCUCCUACGAUGGCGUCGCGGCGCCGGUGAAGCCCCUAGGGUUCCUCGCCUUCGCCUACGACCUCCUCGUCCUCCUCUCCUGCUGCUGCUGCUGCUUCUGCUGCGGAGCAUGUGAUGAUGAGGAAGAUAAUUCAACUCUGAAGUGACGGAACCGUCGGCAAACGUGAUCUGCUGAUCCUUGCAAGUUGAAGAAGAGAGGUCAUUGUUAGUGUAAAUUCAAUCUCCUCGUAUUAAGUCAAUAAUAUUCUACUUGUAAGUAUGUUAUGUUUGAUAUUUCAAAAAUAUGCUGCUAGGGAAAUUACAUGACAUGUUAUGCUUACAAUAUUAUCUUUCUUUAAAAGCUUCAUAUGAAGCGAAUGGUUUCGUA